AUGUCUCUAAGAGAAACAUUUGAGAGAAUUGUUCCUAAAAAGCACAAAUUUAAUCUUGAUAUCCAAGUUCAUUAUGUCAAAGCGCAAUAUGGGGAAACAGGCCUGAUAAAAAUCUUAGUGAAAAGGGGCAAGCAAAAGCAAGAAACUCAGCCAAUGCCAUAUAACUCAUUAAAUGGCGAAGUAAUUCUAGAGUACCCCAUUUCCUUCAUCGUCCAUAUGAUAAAACGAGGCAAAAACUGGGUGAAAAAGCAUGUGAGUUUCCAAGUCUUAGAAAUCAGAGGGAAAUCCACAAAGAAGCUUGGAGAAGCUGCUUUAGAAUUUUCACAAAUCGCUAGCACACUUGAGCCGUUUACUAAAUUCGAGCUAGUUCUUGCAAAAUCUCCUGACAAAGCUGCUAAAAUCUGCGUAAGUGUCGAUUUAUUUCAGCUACAAAGGCACAAACGGGCUUUUGGAAGUACCGAAAUUGUCCCUUCAACAACCAAUAUCAGCACUUUUCAAUCUGACUAUAAAAGCAGUUUCCUCCAAAUAAUCCAAGCUAGUGAGCUAUCCGAUGAAGAAAUUAAGCCAGUUGAGGCUUUUGAAAAGCCAGAAUUUAUAGAUGAGCACCAUGCAGAGUUAGGGCACAUAGUAAAAGUUGAUGAAAAUUAUUUAGAAAAAUCUGAAGAAAAAAAGCUUGACGAAGAAGAAGAACUAGAUAUAGAAAAAUCGAGAAAAAAGCCUAGGAGAUAUACUAUUCCAGGAAUCGUCCAUAUAGAUGGAGAAUAUAAAGAAAGUUUUUCACCUGUCCACACCUUUUUAGAAGAAGCUAGAGGCAAUAUUGUAGAUCCAAAAGAUUCAACGGUAGAAUCUGAAAGUUCAAGCUCAGAUGAAGAAGCUGUGGUUUUUGAGUCAGGGUUAAUUGUAGGGAUACCCAGUAAUGAUAUGAAAGAUGCAGUGCCAAAUCAGCAGUCGAAAAAAGAUGAGACUAAAGAAAAAGAAAAUGAGGCAGGGUUAACAGGGAGACGAGGAACGUGCGCGAAAUGCCAAAUUAUGUAUAGCUGUUUAUAAUAAAUUUAAAAAUUACUGAAAAAUAGUAUUUUCCUUAUAAAAUAUGGGAUUUAUUGUGAAUAGGGAUAA